ACAGCACCAGAUAGAACAAGACAUGUUAUUCCUCAUUGUCCUCACUUUGCUGGCUCAGGCUUUCGCUCAUUUCGAAAAUGGUGCCAAGAACAACCAUCGGAAUGAGCCUCCUGCUGCUGAGCCAAUUGGUGCCUCAGGACACCAACUAUAUAAAUUCAAUGUCUCAGGAGCCACCCAGCAUCCAUUGAAUGCCAAAGGGAACCACUCACAUCAACUGGAUAUCUCAGAUGAGCGCACACAUCAACUGAAUGUCUCAGGAACCCAUCCACGUCCACUGAAUGUCUCAGGAGUCCUCCCACAUCAAUUGAAUGUCUCAGGAGAACGCCCAUAUCGAUUCAAUCACUCAAGAGCCUAUCCACAUAGAAUCAAUGACUCAGGAGACCACCCACGUAAAAAUGUAUAUCAAAGCUUAAGUAAGAAUCAUAAAAGAGGCAAUAUAUUCCAUCCUAGACCUAUUAGAUCCAUACGUGGGGCAGUGUUUGAACAAGGAGAAGGUAGCAUGCAUCAUGUAACUCAAAGUUCGGGCAAACCUAAUGUCGACGAUCUCAGCAGACCUCUAACCUUCACACAUCGUGUCUUUGGCUUCCAUGGGAGAAAGAAGCCAACUGAAAACUCCACUCAUUAUGGACACAAACAAAAUAACUGAAUGAAGAGGAAUACUAAAGGAAAAUGAAUGGAGUUUCAUUCACUGUUAGCGUCU